UUUGUUGCCAAGCAAAAAAAAGGCCAAGGAGGUUUGUUAUUACACAAAGUGAGUGUGUUAGGUAUCAGCUGAAGCCAACGAGCUUGUUUAAUAAGUUAUAUUUACGUUACAAAUUGUGUGUAAAGUAGUCUGAAGGACAGUCAUAGUGAUCCGGAACCAGGUCUCCCUACGUCUGCGCACCCAACCGGUUACUUCCUGUAGUUGCAUACGGUUUCUAGGGCUACCGGAAGGAAGGGCCCGGCCUUAGCUGGCUAAGCCCUGAGGUAGCUGUGCUUACCAAAACAGCAACUAAAUAAAAAUUAAAAAAAAAAAAAAAAAAAACCUGAAAAUUGUACAAGGUGUUCGUCGCGUUGGGGAAGAAGUAUAUAAUUUCACAUGCGUCUAAGUACUAUGUUUUCUUUUCUUUGAAUUUGCUAGCACUUGCUGUCGCACCCGCCGCCGGUUGCAGAAACUAAACUCGCUCGGCUGGUAGCGAUAGUGUCAGCGGACAAAAAAAACGGCCCAGGAGUCCGCUGUGGCCCCAGCGAACGCGUCCGGCUACUGAUUGCAGCGCUCCAGCCGCGCGGUUGAGAGAAGAGGCGAGCCGUCGCGUUGGCUGUCGGCUCAGUUAACACAUCCAGUGGGCGAGUUUUAAGAAGUAAAAAACACGGGGAAAGGGCUACUGAAGAUAACGCAAUACGGAUAUUUAACGAGAUACUGACAGCUAUGAAUAUCGGUGGUGGUGCUGUUGAAGGUCCGCGUUAAUCAUUCAUUGUGCGUUCAAGCCGGACGGAGCGACGCCUUUGCACGCUUAGCUACCACUCAACACCGAGGCUUAAGUUAAGGCAGGCCGCGGGUGGAAGACCUCCUCGCGGUGCACCCCUUAGCUGUGUAAAUUUGCCCUUCUGCGCGCAGGUUUUGGGCUCGGACGGCCGGCGGCUUCGUGGCGGAUCUAUGCCGGGAAGGCGGCCCUCGCGGUCGGUACGGGGUCCCCGGGACAUGCUAAAUCUUCCCAUGAACUCAUGGAGAAGGCAGCCUUCGAGGGGUGGCUGGAGUCGGUCUCCGCCACCUUCCUCAUGCUGACUGACCAGCAGAAGAACCAGUCCUUGGACCACCUGAUCAGCCUGAGUGGGGCGGCCCAACUGCGGCACCUGUCCAACAGUCUGGAGACGCUGCUAAAGCGUGACUUCUUGCGGCUGCUACCCCUAGAGCUUACCUUCUACCUGUUGCGCUGGCUGGACCCCAAGACGCUGCUUACAUGCUGCUUGGUGUGCAAGCAGUGGAAUAAGGUGGUGAGCGCCUGUACGGAGGUGUGGCAGGGGGCAUGUCGUGAACUCGGCUGGCAGAUUGAUGACUCCAUCCAGGAUGCGACCCACUGGAAGAGAGUCUACCUCAAGGCCAAGCUGCGCAUGAAGCAGCUGAGGGACCAGGAGGCUUUUGAAACAUCCUCACUGAUUGGGCACAGCGCGCGAGUCUAUGCCCUCUACUACAAGGAUGGCCUUCUUUGUACAGGCUCAGAUGACCUCUCUGCCAAGCUGUGGGACGUAUGCACUGGGCAGUGUAUCUACGGGAUCCAGACACACACUUGCGCUGUGGUCAAGUUUGACGAGCAGAAGCUGGUGACAGGGUCUUUUGACAACACAAUAGCCUGCUGGGAAUGGAGCUCCGGGGCCAAAAUCCAGCACUUUCGUGGACACACCGGCGCAGUGUUCAGUAUAGAUUACAACGAUGAACUGGACACGCUUGUCAGUGGCUCUGCAGAUUUCACUGUGAAGGUGUGGUCCUUGUCAGCGGGGACGUGUCUCAAUACGCUCACAGGCCACACGGAAUGGGUCACUAAGGUUGUCUUACAAAAAAGUCAGGUGGAGUCACUGAUGCAUAGUCCUGGUGACUAUAUUUUAUUGAGUGCUGAUAAAUAUGAGAUAAAGCAGGUCUGGCCAAUCGGGAGAGAGAUUAACUGCAAGUGCUUAAAGACCUUAUCAGUUUCGGAGGACCGCAGUGUCUGUCUCCAGCCUCGCCUGCAGUUCGAUGGCAGGCACAUCGUGUGCAGCUCAGACCUAGGACUAUACCAGUGGGACUUCGCCAGCUACGAAAUCCUCAGGGUUAUCAAAACACAGGACUCUGCAAACCUGUCUUUGCUUAGCUUAGGGGAAGUUUUUGCACUCUUUUUUGACAACCAUUUCUUGUAUGUCAUGGACCUGAGGACAGAGAGCAUUAUGGGUCGCUGGCCUUUGCCAGCAUAUAGGAAGUCCAAGCGAGGAUCCAGCUUCCUCCCCGGCGUCACUUCCUGGCUGGAUGGACUCGAUGGGAAGAACGACUCAGGGCUAGUGUUUGCCACGAGCAUGCCGGACCAUAGUAUUCAUCUGGUGCUGUGGAAGGAGAAUGGCUAGGAAAGCAGAGGCCAUGAAGUGCUGGAAACAAGGCAACAUAAACUAUCCCAUCUGGUGCUGCUUGGACGUUCGCCGGCCACCAAGCGGGACAUUGCAUGAACCAAAGUAUCGCAGCCUGAACUAGCUAAUGCUCACACACACGUGUAUCUAACUUCUUUUAAAAAUAACAAGAACAGACAGCCUGGCUGGCAUGCGCAGGACAUGCCUGACAUCUAGUGAAGACAUGUGCAAAUCUUGACAGAAAUUGACACUACCCACAUCAGUGGUGCUUAUGUUUUUAUUAGCAGCCCAGUGCCCAUGUGUGCUUCUUUCUUUAAUCCAUCUCGCACUGUGUCUGAAAGCGGUAGUCGUCAGAUAUGUUUAAGGUCUUCAGAAAGAAGAAUAUGUAUAGUGUGAUAAAGAGACUGCUGGAGCUGUUGCAUGUUCUUGGGUUUCUACUUACCACAGUGCUACGGAAACGAUAACGGCAUCAAAAAAAGUACAGUUAACUGGGUUAUUAUAACAACUUAUGCUUCAGUAAGUUAGUUAUAAUAAUUAAAUUUUUUCUUGCAUCAACAGAGACCGUACUUUUGUGCUUAGACUGCAUCAGUAGAAUUUCUAAAGUGGGGGGAAAACACUGUUGAAAAAUGCUUUGAUAAUGUGAUGGAAAUGCUGUUUAUAUUUUUCGAGACGUCAUACAUUAUAACACAGGACAGUAUUUUUAAAGUUGACAUUCAGUGGUUUCUGUUAAGUGCUUUUAAAAACAAUGUCCUUUUUUUAAAAUUAUGCCGUAUUUAAGUUGCUAUCAAUCCUAAAGUUAUU